GUAAUGAAUGCGUGGAGAGAUAGGGAAAUAAGAGACCACAAAACGUUGAACUUGUUGAUACGCGAAAAGGGUAAACAAGUGACCGGGCCCCCAAAUUCUCUUUGCUUUGAUGUUAUCUGCUUGCAUCCAACAAAAACAAGAAAAGAGAGCAUGCAUAGCUCCGCUAGUCCCACUAAACCACGAAAACUAACAUUGUUCGAGAAAUCGCCAGUAUAAAUUCAGUUGAAUAGCAACAGUAGACGGUAGCGGAGCAAAGUAAAAUUUGCGACAGAAAAAUCAAAACAAAAAAUAAUAACAAAACCGAAAACAUAAAAACAAGUGUUUGGCGAAUUAUCUAACAAGCGACGAGAGAGAGAGAGAAACACACGCCGAACAUUGUCCACCGGGCGAAUUAAUAAAAAUAAAAAAAAAAACGAUAACGAACUAAGUAACUACCAGCCAUGACCGGUGUUCUGCAAGCAGCCUCAUUAAGAUUGAUGGCACAUUCAAAAGCCUCAAAUCUUGGUUUAAUCACCCUAAGGAGUUUCUCCGUUUCUCCUAGUUUGGCACAGAAAAAAGAAUGCAAGGUACUUAUUGUUGGAGGAGGCUCUGGCGGCUGUGCUUUGGCUGCCAAAUUAUCGUCAAAGUUGGGCAAAAACAACGUCAUCGUUGUAGAUCCAGCCGAUAAACACUAUUAUCAACCCAUGUUCACACUGAUUGGCGGUGGCAUGAAAACCGUGGAGCAAAGCUACAAACCCAUGGCUCAAGUUUUACCCAAAAAUAUUGAAUGGAUUAAGGAAAAGGCACAACAUUUCGACCCUAAUAAUAAUACCGUAACAACCUCCUCGGGGCAAGAAAUCAAAUACGAUAUGUUGUUGUUGGCAGCAGGUCUGCAAUUGAACUACAAUAAAAUACCUGGCCUGAUGGAUGCCCUAGCCAUACCCAAUGGCAAAGUGUGUUCGAUAUAUUCCCCUCUGUAUGUUGACAGGACCUACAAUUGUUUGCGCAACAUCGAAGAGGGCAAUGCCAUAUUUACGUUCCCAAGCUCACCGGUCAAAUGUCCAGGUGCACCACAGAAAAUUGUUUACAUUUCAGAACAUUACUUCCGUAAGAUGAACAAACGUAAUAAAAUUAACGUUACCUACAACACAGCGCUGCCAGUGAUUUUUGGUGUCAAACACUACGCCGAUGCCUUGUGGCCAAUUGUCAAGAAACGCAAUAUUCAAGUUAAUACCCGCCGUAAUUUGAUUGAAAUAAAGCCGGAAAGUGAUAUAGCCAUUUUCGAAAAUCUUGAUAAUCCUGCGGAGAAAUUUGAAGAAAAGUAUUCAAUGUUGCAUGUCGUGCCACCCAUGAGUACACCAACUGAAUUGGCCAACUGCAAGGAAUUGGUUAAUGAAGCUGGUUUCGUUGAUGUCAACAAGGACACUAUGCAGCAUGUCAAAUAUUCGAAUGUUUUUGCCAUUGGUGAUUGUUCGGCAUCUCCUAAUUCCAAGACAGCUGCUGCAGCAGCUGCCCAAUCGCCGGUGGUUUAUAAUAAUAUGAUGGCCGUUUUGAAGGGUAAAUCGUGUAACAAAGUCUAUGAUGGUUAUGCCUCAUGCCCUCUGGUCACUGGUUACAAAACAUGUAUUUUGGCUGAAUUCGAUUACAAUUUGAAUCCAUUGGAAACAUUCCCCGUUCCACAGAAUAAGGAACGCUACAGUAUGUUCUACAUGAAGAAGGACCUAAUGCCUCUUCUAUAUUGGCACAUUAUGUUGAAUGGCUAUUGGAAUGGUCCCGCACUGAUGCGUAAUAUGUUGUCUGUCUUUAAAUUCGGUAAAAACUAAACUCACACUUAGUAUUCUAAACUGAUGACAUAUCAUUGUAAAUGUUAAAUUAUUUUUGUCUGCUUUAGUAAUUUUAAUAAACUAUAGAUAUUUUUAAAUGUGAAA